CUCCUUCAGUUAAAAAGCUGAGGGCAGGGCUUAACGAGGAAGUGGCUCUCUUUCCUGAGCCUCCCUCCAGCUCUAGUCCCAACCUGAAGAGGCUACACCCGCUGGGGUCUCAGAUCACAAGAAGCCUCCCGCAAUGAGAAGCCAGGAAGACUUGGCCAGAGUUUCCUCUUAAGUUUCGUGGAGAGAGACUCAGGUAUAGAAAUAUCCUUACUGCCACCUGACCUGAAGCAGGAGACACCGCUAACAGCCUGGAGACCAGCCCUGCCAUGUGCACCACCAGCACCUGUGACCUGGAGGAGAUCCCUCUGGAUGAUGAUGACUCAAACAGUAUGGAAUUCAAAAUCCUGGAGUUCUAUGUCACACACCAUGUCUUCAAGAACAGCUCUGCUGUCUUCUCACCAAAGCUCCUGAGGACAAGAAGUUUGUCCCAGAAAGGACCAGGGAGUUGGCCGGUAAAGGAGGCAUGGACACAGGGGCCAUGGCCUUGCAGAAGUUCCCAGUCCAGUGAGAAGGCCAUAAACCUUGCCAAGAAAAAGUCUUCUUGGAGAACACUCUUCGGAGUAGCAGAGAAGGAGGAAAAUUCGCAGAGCGUGCCUACAGGGUUCCGUUUCGAGGGGCCGAGGAGAGUGGAAACUCAGAGUGGUUCUCACAGUCAGCAAUGGCCAAGGUCCCUCUCCAAUGUGGAACAGCGCUUAGACCACGAAGCCGUGGACCCCAAAGUUGUUUCCAUUGCCAACCGAGUUGCUGAAAUCGUUUAUUCCUGGCCACCGCUGGAAGAGCUCCAACAUCAGGGAGGAAGGUUCACACCCAAAAGGAACCGGGAAAAACCAUGUGUCCAGCUCCAGGGCUCCCAGGCUAGAGCUCCAAGUGCGAAGAAAGAUGGAGAAGACCAAAUAAUAGCCAGAAUCGUUGAGUUGCUGAAAUAUUCAGGAGAUCAGCUGGAAAGAGAGUUGAAGAAAGACAGCAUUUUGAUGACCAGCUUCCAGGACGGGCUAUCCUACUCUGUUUUCAAGACCAUCACGGACCAGUUCCUCAGGGGUGUGGACACCAGGGGAGAAUCAGAGGUCAAAGCUCAGAGCUUUAAGGCUGCUCUUGCUAUAGAUGCCAUGGCCAAGCUCACAACCAUUGAUAACCACCCCAUGAACAGGGUGCUGGGCUUUGGAACCAAGUACCUGAAGGAGAACUUCUCGCCCUGGGUCCAGCAGCACGGUGGAUGGGCGACGGAAGCCAGGAGAGGCACAGUUCCUGAAUCGCCCAGAUGCUGACAGGGUGUGGGGAUCAUCUUCACGCAGAGAUUCAGGGUUCAUGACAUUUUGUCCUGGCUGCUUGGACCCAGCCACUUUGACAGGGACAUUUUGAUACAAACAUCAGUUCCAUUCUCAUCUAUGUUUAAUUACCUGCUCUCGGGAAAACAGGCAUCCUUCCCUCCACUCCCUGGCCUCCACCUCAGCCCCGCCCCCAUCCUUUUCCCCGAGAUUUCCUUAGAACUUGCCAUGUUCACAUGGCCUCAUCAGGUCAACCUUUUUAAAAUGCUUCACCCCAGAGCUCUCAAUCUCAGUAGGCCUUGGGCAUUUUUGUCUUUUCAAGCUUUUUCUAGGAGGCGGCACAUUAGCAUUAGCAUUCUUUCCACUAGAAUGGUCCAGGGGCCAGGAGCAGAUUUGAGUCUGCUCUGGGCAUCGCCAGCAUGACCCUGGGGCCUCCAAACAGGCGUAGUCUUUGGUGACCAGAUGGAAAGUGUGAACUGGAGACUGGCCCUUGCCAUCCGCCUCUACACGGACUGAAUCGUGAGCCGCAGCAGCAGCUGACCCUCAGCACCCCGUGGAAGGAGCUCAGGGUGGAGAUCAGGAAUGAGGCACGCUGUGCUCCGGGAAAAUUGGCAGAACAGGUCUUCAGAUAGUUGGAUACUUUCAGGAGAUGUUAUGCCUCUCCUUGGAUCUAGAAAAGCCCUAAAAUCCUUCAUGGUGACGCCUGCACCCAGUGACUAGCAGUAACGUUCAUGGGACCAGCAGUAACCGUCUGUAAAAUGUGUGCUGGUUGCAUGCACCUCCCAGUUCAUCAAGAUCACAUAUAUGCUGCCAUUCCCCGCUACCUCUUGGGAGCCGUAUUUCGGAGCUAUCUGAAAUGCUGCCUUCUGUGCUAAGUCCUCAUUUUGCACCCAAUAAAACUUCACUCUGAAUUGUUAGGUUGUGCAUAUUUUUAAAGUUGACAAAAGUACAGCUUGAUCAUGUCUAAGGGGCUGAAGGGCCCACCUUGGUCUCCAGGGGCUGUGCAUUAAGCUACCUAAACUUCUGUUCUUUCCUAUUUUCCACCGGAUAUGACAGCCCUUAAGGGGCUGAUGUGAAGAAGACUCCUGAAGUUUUCUAAAUUCAAGCUGCUUUAACUCAUGCUAAGAGGAGGAUAGAUUCCUUGACAUUAUUUCAGCUUUAAUAACUGCUCUUCUUUCCAGGACCCCUCAAGUCCCUCUUCUGCCCCAGAGCCUUUCCUGACCACUCUACCUCAAGAACCUUACCAGCAUCUGACCUGUCACAACAUCUCAUGUUUGCACUAUAAUUAUAUAUAGUAAAUCACCACCAAUGUUGGUCCUGUUGAUAUAUUUUUCUACAGAGAUUAUAAGUAUCAACUGGGGUCACAGGCCAGUUCUCAGAAGUCUAUUUAGUUACUGUAGCUGAAAUGCCAAGAGUGUUCUACAAAAAAUAGUGUUUCUAUACCAAAAAUACAUGCAACAAAACAAAAAAAUAAAUUGGACUACAUCAAAAUUAAAAAUGUUUCUGCUUCAAAGGAUACCAUCAAGAAAGUAAAAAGGCAACUCACAGAAUAGGAAAAAAUACCUGAAACUUGUAUAUCUGAUAAGGGACUUGUAUUCAGAAUAUGUAAUAGAUUCUUACAAGUCAAUAAUGAAAAGACCAAAAAAACCUAAUUUUUAAAAUGUGCAAUCAAAUUGAAUAGACAUUUCUCCAAAGAAGAUAAAUGGCCAAUGAGCACAAGAAAAUAUGCUCACUUGACAUCUUCAUUUCAACAUUAGGGAAAAGUGAAACAAAACCACAUGAGGAGUUCCCCUUGUGGCUCAGUGGUAACGAACCCAACUAGUAUCCCAUGAGG